UCCUCUGGCUCCACGGCUCCCUCGGCCGCUGCCGCCUCCGGCCCCCCCACCCCACUCCUCCCACCAAGGCCCCUAGCCCCUGGCCAGUAGACAAGACACCCCCCCACCCCGGGGCUCCCCGAAAUCCAGUUCCCCUCCCCCACCUCAGCUCAUGCCCCAGCCCCCGAACUCCGGGGCUGCUAGCCCCCGGUGCCCCCGCCCCUCCUGAGAACUGGGGUGUGCUCCCCAGGCCCCCCCUCCAUUGGGGACUCCCUUGUAGGGCCCCCUUUCCCUUCCUCCCACGCUCCUCUACCCUUCCCUUCUCCAACCCCCUCUUUCCCCUCUCACCCCUCCCCCCAUCCUGGCCACCCCUGCAAAAGUGGGGUGCGGAGGGGGGAGGGGUGAGAACCCACGGAGGGGAGGAACGAAACUCCGAUGAAGUCAGAGCCCCUUACCCGCUGCCGCGGCCAGGCCCCCCAACAUGGACUGUCUCUGUAUAGUGACAACCAAGAAAUACCGCUACCAAGAUGAAGACACGCCCCCUCUGGAGCACAGCCCGGCCCACCUCCCCAACCAGGCCAAUUCUCCCCCUGUGAUUGUCAACACAGACACCCUAGAAGCCCCGGGAUAUGUGAACGGGACCGAGGGGGAAAUGGAAUACGAGGAGAUCACAUUGGAAAGGGGUAACUCAGGUCUGGGCUUCAGCAUCGCAGGUGGCACCGACAACCCACACAUCGGUGACGACCCAUCCAUUUUCAUCACCAAGAUCAUUCCUGGUGGGGCUGCGGCCCAGGAUGGCCGCCUCAGGGUCAACGAUAGCAUCUUAUUUGUAAAUGAAGUGGAUGUUCGGGAGGUGACUCACUCAGCUGCUGUGGAGGCCCUCAAGGAGGCAGGCUCCAUAGUUCGCCUCUACGUCAUGCGCCGGAAGCCCCCUGCUGAGAAACUCAUGGAGAUCAAACUCAUCAAGGGGCCUAAAGGUCUUGGUUUCAGCAUCGCAGGAGGUGUAGGAAACCAACAUAUUCCCGGAGAUAAUAGCAUCUAUGUAACCAAAAUUAUUGAAGGGGGUGCCGCCCAUAAGGACGGGAGGUUGCAGAUUGGAGAUAAGAUAUUGGCGGUCAACAGUGUGGGACUGGAGGACGUCAUGCAUGAGGAUGCUGUGGCAGCCCUGAAGAACACAUAUGAUGUAGUCUACCUAAAGGUGGCCAAGCCCAGCAAUGCCUACCUGAGUGACAGCUAUGCUCCCCCAGACAUCACAACCUCUUAUUCCCAGCACCUGGACAAUGAGAUCAGUCACAGCAGCUACCUGGGCACUGACUACCCCACAGCCAUGACCCCCACUUCCCCUCGGCGCUACUCCCCCGUAGCCAAGGACCUGCUAGGGGAGGAAGACAUUCCCCGAGAACCAAGGCGGAUUGUCAUUCACCGAGGCUCCACGGGCCUGGGCUUCAACAUCGUUGGGGGCGAGGAUGGUGAAGGCAUCUUCAUCUCCUUUAUCCUGGCUGGGGGCCCUGCAGACCUCAGUGGGGAGCUGCGGAAGGGGGACCAGAUCCUUUCGGUCAAUGGUGUUGACCUCCGCAAUGCCAGCCAUGAGCAGGCUGCCAUUGCCCUGAAGAAUGCGGGUCAGACAGUUACGAUCAUCGCUCAGUAUAAGCCAGAAGAGUACAGCCGAUUCGAGGCCAAAAUCCAUGAUCUUCGGGAACAGCUCAUGAACAGCAGCCUGGGCUCAGGGACCGCCUCCCUGCGGAGCAAUCCCAAAAGGGGUUUCUAUAUCAGGGCCCUGUUUGACUAUGACAAGACCAAGGACUGUGGCUUCCUGAGCCAGGCCCUCAGCUUCCACUUUGGGGACGUGCUGCAUGUAAUCGACGCCAGCGAUGAGGAAUGGUGGCAGGCACGGCGGGUACACUCUGACAGCGAGACCGAUGACAUUGGCUUUAUUCCCAGCAAACGGCGGGUUGAGCGACGGGAGUGGUCAAGGUUAAAGGCCAAGGAUUGGGGCUCCAGCUCUGGAUCACAGGGCCGAGAAGACUCGGUUCUGAGCUACGAAACGGUGACGCAGAUGGAAGUACACUAUGCUCGCCCCAUCAUCAUCCUCGGGCCCACCAAGGACCGUGCCAAUGAUGAUCUUCUCUCCGAGUUCCCCGACAAGUUUGGAUCCUGUGUUCCCCAUACAACACGGCCCAAGCGGGAGUAUGAGAUAGAUGGCCGGGAUUACCACUUUGUGUCGUCCCGGGAGAAAAUGGAGAAGGACAUUCAAGCGCACAAGUUCAUUGAGGCCGGCCAGUACAACAGCCACCUGUAUGGAACCAGUGUCCAGUCUGUGCGAGAGGUGGCAGAGCAGGGGAAGCACUGCAUCCUUGAUGUCUCAGCCAAUGCUGUGCGGCGGCUGCAGGCGGCCCACCUGCACCCUAUCGCCAUCUUCAUCCGCCCCCGCUCCCUGGAGAAUGUGCUAGAGAUUAAUAAGCGGAUCACAGAGGAGCAAGCCCGCAAAGCCUUCGACAGAGCCACCAAGCUGGAGCAGGAAUUCACAGAGUGCUUCUCAGCCAUCGUGGAGGGCGACAGCUUUGAGGAGAUUUACCACAAGGUGAAGCGCGUCAUCGAGGACCUCUCAGGUCCCUAUAUCUGGGUCCCAGCCCGAGAGAGACUCUGAUUCCUGCCCUGACUUGGCCUGGAUUCGCCCUGCCUCCAUCGCCUGGGCCCUUGGUCUGGACUGAAUUGCCCAAGCCCUUCGCAUUCCCCAGCCUCCCUCCCACCCCUUCUUAUUUAUUUCCUUUCUAACUGGAUCCAGCCCAUUAGAGGGGGGACACUCCUCUGCAUGUAUCCUCGCACCCCAGAACUGGGUUCCUGAACCCCAGGAACCUGGGGUCUGGGGGGAGCCAGGCUCCUGGCCCCCGGCCCUUGCUCCUUAGGAUUCCUUGCCUCUGCCCCCCCUAACGCACACACGAACCCACCGGGGGCCACCCUUCCCCCAUCUUCUCCCACACACAUUCCAGAAGUCAGGCUUCCCCCUCAAGGAGCACCCUGCUGCAGGGAUGCAGGGCCACAGGCCUCCACUCUCUCCUGAGGCAGGCGCUGGGGUCACCCCUGCUCACAUCAUAACUCCCCAUGUCCCUUGAUUUCUCAUUUAUUUUUUCCUUUUUUUUCUUCUCAAAGGUGGUUUUUGGGGGGAUAAGUAGGGGACUCCACUGUGGGCCCCCUGCCUUCCACAUGCCCCCCACCUUUUUUCUUUGCUGGUUUGCAUGAGUGGAAGGUCUAACUGUGGCUUUUUUUUUCCCCUGGGAUUUUUUUUUUUUUUUUUGGGGGGGGAAAGGGAGGGAUGGGUCUAGGGAGUGGGAAUGUGGGAGGGAGGGUGGGGGGCAGGGGUUGGGGGUUGGGUGUCCAGGGGAAGACUGGAAAUGCUGCCGCCUUCUGCAAUUUAUUUAUUUUUUCUUUUGAGAGAGUGAAAGGAAGAGACAGAUAC